UGCCGUUGGAGAUGCCCAAAAAAAUAUGUAGUUGUUCUCCAGGAUCGUUGAGUGUCAACACAGGAAAAGUUGUUGCUGUGGUUACAAUGAAUGGACGAUAUGAUCUCAGUGUGCCUGAGAUGAAAUGCGAGGCAUGCAAAACCACAUGGAGCCCUGGAGUGGAUGACUUAGUCCGUAAUGACUACUGGCCUGCUACCCUUCACUUUUCCACAGUGGACUCUACAGAUGUGUUUUAUUCAUAUGAAGAGUUGAAGAUGGCAGCACCAGGACUGUCAUGCCAAGCAUUUUUAAGAAUGCUUGAUCAACGAACUCUCCGCUUUGGCCGUAUUGGGAAGAUCACAGCAGACAGCUUCAGAAAAAGUUUUUUGGAGUGGGAGGCUGUUAGAUUUGAGGUGGAUAAGAUCUGCAGGGAGGAGCAUUUUGUCUGCCCUGCAUGCACCCCAGACAUGCUUGCUGUUUCUGUGGAUGGAAAUCGCAAGCACCACCGCUUUAAGAAUGCAGCAAGAUCGGAAGAAAAAGCCUUAUUUGAUGGCAUCUUCAUUGCAAAAGAUGAUGAAGUAGAGAGAUUUGUGGAUUACAUUCAUUCUACCACCAACCAUGUCUCUGGAAGAGGUGUCUGUGGAGGGAAGUGGUCAGCUGCAAGGGAAACGUCUCAGAAAUCCUCAAGUAAAAUUGAUGAGGAGGGACUUGAGCUUGCAGUCUGUCGACAUGGAGUUUUUCUCACCGCUCUCAACAUGUUCAGGGGAGAAAUAUAUGCUUAUCCCCUCUACCUGCAGAACAAGCUGGCAAAUACGCCAAUAAGCUUUUUUGCCAUGGAUGUAACCUGCAAGUACUGGCCUUACCUCAACAAAGUCACAAAAAGCUGCCCGGAGCUCCAGCACCUUCUGAGCAUGAAACCAUUCCUCUCAGUGUUUCAUGCCAAAGCCCAUGAUUUUAAAUGCGAGGUUAAAUGGAGUGGAGCUUACCAGCAAGGGGCCGGAUUGACACUUGGCGAGGAGGUUGAGCAGUGUAACGCCUUCCUCUCUAGGAUUGCUGUGACCACGAAGCACAUGUCCAAAGCAGGACGUACUGACAUGCUUACAUUGAUGGCCAUGCGCUGGAAUCAGCAAAAGUUUAAUAACUUGGCUACUUCACUUGCCUGCCGAUAUCAGAAGGCCACAAAACGUCUGGAAAGCCAACUUCAGGACCUGGAAAGCAUGAGAAUCCAGCUGGCAGUGACACAGGUUGAAGUUGAGGGCUGGGUCACUGAUAUUAAGGAGUGGGCAGAAGCAACAACAUCCCAAAAGAAUGCCGAUCUUGACGCAGUGAUCAAUAGAAUAGAGGUGCUGGUGGCCAGCAUUAAAAGAAGGUCCCAGCGCCUUUACAAAGACACCGAUGGCAGCAAAGGUCGGGCCCGGAUCCGGCGCAAAAUCAGAGAGGAGAAGGCCAUUCUUAGCUCUGUUGUUGAAAAAUACAACAGUAUGGUUCCAGAUACAGAAAGAAUCGCCUUUGACAUCAUUCUCUCUGACGAGACAGUUUGGCCAUGGCAACUUUCACAUGGUGACGCUGUAGAUUUGAAAACCAAGAGGAAGGCGUUUGAUGUUGUGAUGGCUAUCAGGAGACUUGAGGAGGAGAAGAAGAUUGUUCUUUCUGAGAUGGCAAAGCAUUGGAAAUCUCUCUCCACUCGUGCAGACACACUCAAGGAGAUGUCAUGCCAGCUUUCCAGUGAGGCAUUGAAAAGUGAGGUGUGGGAUCUAAAUGAAGAAGGGAUCAAGGGUUUCCUCAGCUUAACUUUGAGAAAGAAGCAAGAAGUCACCAGAAUGAUGAAGCAUGCAAGAGACUGUUAUGCUAAAGUUUUGACUGGAACAAGUAUGGACUUCCAGAAUGAUUGGGAUGGAUACGACAGUGACUCUGAAUUGUCAGAUGAGUUUGAUGAGCUCUCAAGUGAGAAAUGAGCAUUAAGUCAUUUUUGUUGCAGAGUUUCCUUUUUAUUUUUUAUUUUGUUUAUUUUUUCUCCCACUCUAACAAUGCAGCCCUAUUUCUGAUACCGUAGGGGGUCAUAAAUGUUGCUGUGGGGGGCCACCACGGUCAAAUCAACAUGGAGGAAACACUGUUUGUGUGUCAGAUAUGCUUGAAUAAUAGUAUUCAUCAUAUCUACAUGUGACAUUACAACAAUAAUGAAUGUAAUUAAUUUAAGUAACUGUUUUUCCAAUAGUAAUCUUCUGUUUAUGGUAGAACAAAACUGUGCGGAAAAGUUUGCAGGAAGGUGUAAAUAUGUGC